GUUCCCUUUGCCUGUUCAAGUACCCUGAGAGUUGAGACAAAUAAACAAAAAUCUUCGACUGAAAAUGAAAAUUGUUUAAACCAAGUGCAACAUUCAAUUCUUUUCAACCAAUUUUCUUAAAUAUUCGCAUUAUUAACCGAUUAUGUUGUCUAAUAAUUUACAUAUCUGUAGUGAGCAAAUUGAAAGUUUAUGAUUAAACAUCAUGGAUAGUGGAAUCUACCAACAAUGCAAGCACAGUAAUUUGUAACCGAGGGUGUCGGGUUUGCGUCCUCUUAUUUUUUGUACUUCCAAGUGAUCAUUUUUUGACCUUGAUAUUUAGACAAACCUUGAAAGCAACAUGAAUACGGAAACCGAACCAUCUCCAAAGAAAAAGACAGACAAAAUCACAGACAACCUCACAGUCUCACUGGAAAAGUGCGACAUCAAGAAAAUAGAAAAAAGUGACGAAGAACCGAAGCCUCGAAUCGUAUUAACCAUACGCUCGGAGAAGUCUAAUGCUAAAAAUAGUAAUAUGAAGGUAGUAUCCACGGAAGAAAAACAAGAAGAGUUCUGUCCUCGCAGAUCCAGCAGGACACGAGGUAAAUGGGAAUGGGUCUGUGACAGCGAUACAUCUACUUCACCUAAAAAAGAUAAAUCCGCAUCGGAGAACGACGAGUGUGACAUUCUUACCACAAAAAGGUCAACUAGCCGUAGAAACAAAGAUAGUGACAAUGUUGUUGCCAAUGCUAUUGCAAGAAAAGAAAAAAUGUAUGAUAUUAUUACACCACAGCGCUCUACACGACGACAAAAAGCAAAACCCGUAGAAGAAGUGGCUCACGAGACAGUGGAUAAAGGUGUAAGAACUAGAAGAUCAGCUAGACCUGAUCCUGUGGAACCAGAUACUAAAAAUAAGGGAAAAGAUGCAGAACAAGACGUGAUUGAGAUUGGCACAGAUGACGACACCCUCAGCCAAAGCUCAGAUAUGAAAUUAAAACACCUGUGUGAAUUGGGCUUGAAAGCUAUUAACCCUGAAGAAGAGGAGGAUGAAGAUUAUGUUGAUGGCCGAGACUCUGAAGACAUGGAUGAUGAAGAGGAAGAAGAUGAUGAAUUAGAUGAUGACACUGAAGUGAUCACCAAACUUCUUGAAGCCGAUGAGGAGGAGGCUGAUUCUGGCAGCGAUGAAGAAUACUGCUGCUCAACGGAGGCAUCACCUAGCGAACAACCACGGAGGUCGAGACGAUUAUGUAACUCAUACAUAGACAGUGACUCAUCUCCUCCAGUUGAUGAUGAAAAGGUCCCUCGACGCCGUUCAACACGCAGAACAAAAGCACAUUAUACUGAGUCUAAUGAAAGAAGUGAUCGUCCAAAACGUAAAAGAAUUCGUUCCGCAUGCGCUGAAGAUGCUUCCGAUGAAGAAAUGCAAGAAGUCAAAGCAGAGCCAGCAGACGCUGAAGAGGGCUCUGAAGCUGCUUGCCCACUCGAGGACUCCACGGUAGUCGCCAUGUGCAUGUGCGAAGAGCCGAGCAAUGUAUAUGCCGCACCUGAGGAUCUCACUGAGCCGGUGUUCUGUCAGGCGAUAGAGAUGCUGGACGGCGUCCGCGUGGGCUGCUCCCACCUGGCGCGGCGCGACCCCGACGGCGCCCACGCCGCCCUGCUGCGCGCCGGGCCCCGCGCCCCCUACCUCCUCGCCUGCACGCUGCACGCCAGCCAGCUCACCAGCCACAUGUGCUGCGCCGCGUGCGGACUCUUCUGUACCCAGGGCAUAUUCUACCAGUGUUCAAAAAAUCACCUGUUCCACGUGGAGUGCAGCCUGAGCACGAACGAUGCGCAGUCGGCGGUGGGGUGUCCCCACUGCGGUGUGUACUCGUACCGCUGGCUGCCCGCCAACACGGACUGCCACAGCGUCAAGCUCACCAUGACUUGCAGCAACAAGAGGAUAUUCUUACCUGAACAAAGAGAGCAAUGUACGCCCGCCCACUUAUCUUUUUUGAGUAAAACCAAAGAAGCCAAAAUAGAGCCUAUAAUCCCCGAAGACCUGCUGCCGUCGCCUCCGCUCGACUUGGAGCUGCUGUCGAAGCGGCCGGUCAGCGCGGAAGACGAAGAAGAGGCUUUGCAAGAAUUGUGUGACGCAAUACUGGCCCGGGAGAACGUAAAUAAUUUGUUGACUAAAAUUGCGGCGGUGUGCGACGUGGACCGCGCCGUGGCGUCGGAGGCGGGCGGCUCGUGCGCGCACGCGGCGGCGCGCGGCGGGCACGCGGCGGCGCUGCACGCGCUGCACGCCGCCGCCGCCGCGCUCGACCGCCGCGACCGCCGCGCCAGGACGCCGCUCGUCGUCGCCGUGUCGGCGCUUGUCGAUAAAUCGGUUAAGAAGAUCGAAGAUAUAAAGAAAGACGAAAGAGAUUCAACAGAAGAGAUGGAAGUGGACCACGAAAAGGACGAAGAGAACGAGAAACCAGAAGCAGAAGCAGAACACAGUGACGGAGAAGAGAAGGCAACGUUAGGGGCAGUCGAAAGGGAGAAACCGAACGAUGAAGACUUGAUGAGGGUCAUAAGAUACCUGAUAGCGGCCGGCUGCGACUUGAACGCCGCCGAUUCGGAAGGCAUGACGGCUCUCCACAUAGCGGCCCAGCACGGGGACGCGGCUGUGUGCGGCGCGCUGCUGUCCGCGGGCGCCGAGGUGGACGCGCGCGACCAGGGCGGCUGGACCCCGCUCGUCUGGGCCGUCGAGAACGAUUAUGCCGACGUUGUCAGGCUACUGCUGCGCGAAGGAGCGGACGCGCUGUCCGUGGACAAGGAGGGCAACAGCGCGGUGCACUGGUGCGCGGCAGCCGGCUCCUCCCGCGCGCUGCCGCUGCUCGCCGCCGCCGCGCCCGCCGCCGCGCACGCGCACAACGCGCACCUCGACACGCCGCUACAUGUCGCAGCGAGACAAGGCCACUACUCGUGCGUCGUGAUCCUGCUGGCCAGAGGCGCCAAGACGGACGUUGCGAAUUCUUCCGGGGAGCUCCCGAUCGACGUGGCUACAGACCCCAGCCGGCGCGCCAUCUCGCUCAGCAUGCAGAUGAAUCUCGCGGUCACAGAGAAGCUCGGCCAGCGAAACGUUCUAUCCUUUGACAUUUCGAAUGGGUGCGAGAUGUAUCCGAUACCGUGCGUCAACGAAGUGGACUCUACCCCGCUGCCCGACGACUUCGUGUACGUCACGUCGCACGUCAUGCCCACGCAGAUCCCCAUAGACAACACCAUACAGACGAUGCAGGGCUGCACGUGCAAGGAGGGCUCGUGUUCGUCGGAGUCGUGCGCGUGCUGCGUGCUGUCGGUGCGGCGCUGGGCGCGCGCGGGCCGCCUGCCGCCCAACUUCCCGCACCACGACCCGCCCGUACUCUUCGAAUGCAACGCCACCUGCGCGUGUAACAAGAAGAAGUGUACGAAUAACUUGGUGGGCAAGCUGUCCUCGCGCGGCGCGACGUUCGUCCGCACGGAGGUGUACCGGUGCGCGGGGGGCGCGGGGUGGGGGCUGCGCGCGCGCGAGGCGGUGCCGCGGGGCGCGCCGCUCGCGCUGUACUGCGGGGAGCUGCUCGCCUCCGCCGUGGCCGACACCAGGCCCACCGACCAUUACAUGUUCUCACUUGAUCUCAAGCCGGAUCUCCUCGAGCAAUGUGCGGACAAGACGCAGCUGUGCAUAGACGCGGCGUCGUACGGCAGCGCGGCCCGCUUCAUGAACCACAGCUGCGAGGCGAGCGCGGCCGCCGUCCGCGUGUUCACCCGCCACCGCGACCUACGCCUGCCGCUCGUCGUCCUGUUCGCGACUAGGGACAUACACCCAGGAGAACCGCUCACUUUUGACUACGGCGACAAGUUUUGGGCAAUAAAAGCAAAGUGGAUGAGAUGCGAGUGCGGCGCUCCCGACUGCAGGUAUCCGGUGAAAGGGGGCACUAACAACGACAGUAAUUAAACUCUAAUGGAAUGUAGUUGUCGUUGUAAAUAAUAAUUAUUAAGCUUUAAUUUAUUUUAAAAUCAUUUUUACAUAUUAUAUAUAUGUAAUAGAUGUAAUAAAUGUUAUAUUCGAAACAAAAAUAUUCCAAUAAAACAUUUUGAAACUG